AUGAGUGAUGAGACCUCAGUCCAGACAGUCGUCCACAAUGACGUUGAUCUGUUCGACACAAGCAUUCUUCGCAACGACGCAGAAACAGACAACUCAGGCACUGACAUAGCCAGCUCACCUGAAAUUCGGCUUGACCGACUGAGGUUGCGCAACUCCUUCGCCUCUCUGGAGUCAGCACCAAAUCGUGGAGCAUCUUCCAGUACGAUUCGACUGGGAGUUGAUGGAAAUCAUUCAGCUGGACCCUACAGAGUCUCAACUCGACACACUGACUUAUUUGCGAGUUUGGCAGAACUUGAUGAUGAUAGCACGCUGGAGCCUUUUUUGGUGAGCCCUUACUUCAUGCGGGGCAGUGGACACGCCCCACGGAGUCAACACUGGCACGCCAGUGUCGAGACACCGAUACACCGUCCUCCCAGCACCAGCACGACAGAAAACCUCUUUGACCGAUACCUCAACAGACUGCGAGUUGAAGACCCAGUCGCUGACUCCGACGUCUUUCUUGAAGUCCCAUCCGAGCCCAACGAAACCGAGGAGUGUGAAGACGCAGUAUCUCCAUCAGACUGGAGAAACAAAUGCAAGAAUAUUCAAGACAGGCUGCGUAGUAUACUAAGCUCAGAACGCUUUACUGACGUCUAUUUCUACAUCGGAGGCAGCGACGGAGGAGAAAGAGUAGGAGAUCAAGAAAGCAAAGCAUGCAAAAGAGCCAGUCGAUGCAAUAGCGUGCUGUCUCCACGUCCGCCCAUGUGCCCAACAGCCCGUCGCUCAACCGCCUCAGCACAGCGUCGACAGAACACUGAGCAACAGCGCAGAAUCACAUCAGCCAUCGCUCAAGCCUCUGGCAACGCCUCUGCUGUUGCGCAGACCACACCAACGACCUCCGAUGCAGAGGAUAUGGAGACAGAGGCAAGGAAUCGAGAGGCGACAGUGGCAGAAAAAGCAAAGACACUAGCGGCGAUGCUACUUUCAAUGCGAGAUACUACGGCAACUCCGGAAUCGCAGUCUUCAAUCUCCUCUUCCCCAACUUCCAACUCCUCAUCGCCUUCUGAAGUGUGUCCAUACUUCACCGGUACUACGAAUACUGCCGUGAUGUGCCAUCUCUCUGACAUUUCUGAUAUUGACGUAGAGUCGAGAUGUGAGAAGGGUCAAGAUAGAGGCAAGAGCAAAGACAGAGCAAAGGUAACACCAAAGUCGGGCAAUUCGGUGAUGCAACCAACUAACAAAGAACCAACGUAUAGUGAGGUGAAGCGGUUCGCCGCGCACCGCCUCGUUUUGGCCAUCGCAUCACCGGUGUUUGAGGCAAUGUUCUUUGGUGCAUUUGCGGAGGCCACGACAGCGUUGCGUACAAGAUCUCUAACCACUGCACUAACAGAGGCAGACACCACAUCAGCACCAGUACCAGUUAUGGAAAUGCAUGUGACUGAUGUUACUCCGGCAGCUUUUCAGCAGUGCUUGCACUACAUCUACUACGAUGACAUGACCUUGACAGACGCCCUGGAUGACCUCUAUGACACCCUUUAUGCAGCCAAAAAAUACCUGCUCACUCCACUCGCUACUGCCUGCAAGAAUCGACUCGUUAGCUUGAUGACACCACAAAACGUACUUCUGCAACUAAAUCGAUGCUCCACAAUGGACGAGGAGGAGCUCUUCAAGAUCUGUUGGCAUACAAUUGACGUGUUGACGCCGGAAGUACUCACCUCUGAACACUUUACCGAUCUGGAGCGUCAAACCUUGCUUAAGUUGAUCAGUAGAGAGACGCUGUACUGUGAGGAGUGGGAAAUAUUUGAGGCGCUGAUGCGUUGGAGUAAACUCGAGUGCACUCGUAUGGGCAUCACUGUGAACACCCUCAAUGUGGGCGGCAUCAUGAAGGAGUUCCUUCCUUACAUCCGCUUCACUACCAUGUCCCUGGAAGACUUCAUUAUCCACGUCUCUAAGUCGGACAUUCUCAGUCUUGAAGUGCAACACACAAUCCUCCUACAAAUCGCCACCAAGAUGUUCGCGGAGAGCGAAAAUUCGGCGGGUAAGAGGACAUUGGAGAGGACAAGUGCCAUGGAGCAGGAAGGGGAUAAAAGUACCUCGCCACAGAAGCGCAAGGGUCCACAGAUUCACAAGUGUCGACGCUUCACACGGACAGUUGCACUCACCAGCAAGGAGGCCUACUGGUCGGAGACCGAGUAUGUCAUCUUCAAGGUUUCGAAACCGGUGUUUCUUGCUGGUGUGGGUCUCUUCCGACCAAUGAACAAGGAGACGCAACUUAAGGUGAAGGUAGAGGUACGACAAUGCACUCUGAACCAGAACGUUGAUAUCAACAGUUCCAAUGGUGGAUUUCCAGUGACCUACCGCAGUACUGGUGUAUCUACCCUCAUCAGUGGUAGCAGUGGCCAUCGGCACGGGCACAGGCACGCUGGUAUUCAAAUGUCAUCUUACCUACGUCCCAGCAACGAUAGCAGAAGACGACGCGAGUCCUCGAAUCAUGCAAACAACACGCACUCAAGAUUGAGCCGAACAGCGGAGGCGGCCUCUUCACCCUCUACAACCAUCCCAAGGACCCUCUUCAAAUCCAUAGAGUCGCGAGGAGGAGCACUGUGUGGACUGGAGGCAAGCCUCAACUGUGCCCACUCUGCUAGCCCCGUGGUAGAAACACGCUUUUCUCGACCCAUCAAGCUGAGGAGCAAUCAAUACUACCUGCUGUCGGUGACACCGGAGGAGGGUCGAAACACACGUUGCUACUUCAGUCGAGCACCUGCUCGCCCCCGUGUCGCCGUACGCACCCGCAUUCCGUCCGCCACCACCACUGAUCCCAACGACGCAGGCUUGGGGACAACAGAACACUCACCACCACCACCAACCACCUCGAGACUCGUAAACUUCGAUUUCGCUUUUGGGGUUAGCAGUGUCAGUGGCGAUGUCAUUGGCGGUGGAAGUGGCAGUGGAGACAAGCACUUGUUGGGCUCCCUAGGAACUGUGGGCGAGGCGCCGCAUGUUCCACACAUCCUCUUCUUCCCCGUCUCCUAA